GUUCGUUUCAAAGGUCACAGGUUCAAGUCCUCUGCGGUACACAUGAUACAAGCUUCUGUCACGGCUUAACAUAUUUCUAUCGUACUCCUGGUUCAAUACCGUGCUAAACCAGCCUGCUCGUGCAUUCUGUUGACUAUCAGAACACCACCACUACUCUCACCAACGCCUCUCGUCUGGCAUGUUGCCGACCAAUUCUGUUAUUCAACCGAUGCAGGGAAACCCCAGCAGCUCCAGACCAUCCCGGCGAGUUUCACGUUCGCAUUCCUAUGAUCAACCUCCUUCAAAUAUUGCGUCACGACGCCAAGGCGCUUCAUCCUUCACCAUCCAUGCCCGUUUACCCUCGGACGCAUCUCACACAUCGCGGUCGUCUGACCGCCCUAUCUCUUUGGUACCGACACUCUCUCCUGCAUCGACUUACAGCACGUUCUCUUGGUCUGGAAGUUCUAACACCCAAGAACAGCUAUCACCCAAAACUCCCGAACUCUCUUACUCGCCGGCGACCACUAUCGCAUCUCCUGUAGUGACGCCUAUAACCGCGUUUCUUUCGGAAUUCUACGAACCAGAUUCAAGAUCGGACAGCGGCGCCCACACACGAGGCGAUCCUCAACGAUUAGAUCUCUUCGGGGAGAGAGACGGGAAGAGUAUGGGAAACAAACAGCUCUCAGAAUCUCCAUUCAGUCAUAUGGCUGAUGAGACCAGCCCGCCUCUUCCAGACGAAAUACACCUGACGAAGUCAACACCAAUGUCAUUGAUCGCGGCAGGCUGUGCUCCAUCGGAGCAUGGUUCAGGGAAGAUACCCCCUGACGUUCGCAAGUCUCGUCGUUUCUGCCGUGACUUUGGGGAGCCUGUCUGGUCAAAGGACCUCCAUGAUGAAUUUCCCACAUAUCUCGCAAAGGACUUGCCAGUGACACCUUUAUCCUCCUCUCCCCCAACUCCGCUGAGUCAUGACAUCCUACCCCGACCUUCACGGUCAGAUGCCUGUAAUCUUUUCUCAGAGGACGAAACUACUGCCGUCAGGGAAUUUCUAAGGGUAUGGGGUUCGAACAAUAGGAUGAAGGAGCUUCCAUCGAAGCCGCAGAUCAGCGAAGCCCCAGGCACCCAGAGCGAUGAUGAUUACUCAUGGGAGGCAGCAGAAGUUGAGGAUAGUGUUGGAGAUCCCACGUCUUGCAGCAUGCUUCUUCACGCAGUCAGCCAGAUGGUGGGCCUCCCAUUUGAAAACACAACGAUGGAAAACAGGGCCUCGAUCGCCUCCACACCUCCGGAGCUCGAUAUACUUGGUCGAUUGACUCAGGAUAGUCAUGGAAUCUCACAGAUCCUGCAUCUAUCCUCGCCUCGCCAGUCUGCUGCGCUCGUCAGGAGUCCCAGUAUUCUUCCAGACAGCGAUGGUGCCAACGUGAGCGACAGCGCUUCGUCAGACGCCUGUCAGCGAGUGGAUCAACCUCUUGACGUCACACCUCAACCUUCAGUGACCUCCGGUUCAGUCACGGGAAGUAACGCUUCCACAUGUGAGGAUCAGGUUGACGUGGUAGCCGCCAAGUCGAUGAACGUGCCUGUCAUUCUAGCGACUUCCUCGAAUGAAGCCCCUCUGCACCGACAAUUAAGUCUUCGCAGAGCCAGAACCGAUAGCAACCUAAGGCGCCGCGGUCAGAUCUUCAAUAUAGAGAAGCAAGUCAUACACGCUGCAUCUACUGGCACAGUAGAUUUAUACAGGUCCUAUUUACCCACAAGAGAUCCGCCACCGCUCCCACCCCUUCCAGCUCCCUCGAUAAGACGCGUUUCAGCACUCGACAGGCUCGAAACUAGCCUGUCAAGGCUCAAGUCGCACAAUUCGCAUCAGCGGAAGUCCAGUAGGGUAGAAAAAGUUAACGCACCUUCGGAUGACCGAAAACCAGCUCUAUCCACUACCCCACGAGAGCGCAAGCACCAGUCCAGUGCCGCUCGUAUUCCGGAUUCUCGUUCUGGACACGGACGCCACUUCUCGAGCCCCAUGCCCGAGGAUCAGAAUCAUCGCAAGGCGCCUCGGGUUGAGACCGGUCCCAUUAAUGGGCGUCUGCAGGAGCGCGCUGCCAAGCUAUUUCCAUGCCCGGAGAACCGAGAGUUGACUAUGAGAUCUUUCAUGGAGAUGGAUGUGGUACCUCCAAAGGCUCCGCCCCCUCGUCGGAUAUCGAGAUUAGGGAGAGUCGCUGCUAGAUUGAGCCAGGGCAUAACGAAUUGGGGGAGGAAUAUCACUGGAUCUAGGGGCGUCAAGGAAUCUUCGUAGGGCUUGGUGUGUUAAACUGGUACGCAACCAGUGUGCGUGUGUUCUUUUGAUUUGUACCAUGACUUUUACUAUGUAUCACAAGAUCAGUUAUUUAUGUAGUAUUAAUAUCGUCUAGCUUUGUAUUGUUAUUCGUAACUAACUAUAAUACGAUUCCUAUAUAUUUGGG